CUACGGCAUCUGCGCUGGGUCAAAUCACUGUUAAACCUUGGUUGGUAGGCAGCGAUCUCGUCAAUCCCGACGUUCUCACAAUGGCGAGAUAACGGCGAAAAUGGGGACGCUCGUCAAGUCAAAGGAGGAAACUACAAAAUCUGACGAUUGUCGGUAAUAUUCGCCAAUGACUGUUAGCGACGGACUGCUUCAUGAUCAGAGGGAUCACUGGAAGAGGACAAUUCAGGUGGCGGCUUUAUGGAGACUGCUGUGAUGCUACGUAGGCAACUGGGAGAAAAAGGCUUUCCUACUAUGAGAGAGUGUGUGUGAACCCGGUUUAUUGGAGGCACACAAACUAAACCAGAUUACAUUGUGUGUGUUUUUUCGCCGAGACGCUGUUUAGGAUACAGUGAGGAUAAACAGCGAGUUGGUCAAGUUUUGGGGAAUGGCAGGUCGAAGCCGAAGAGCAUGGUUUAGUGUUCUGCUGGGACUGGUGGUCGGUUUCACGCUGGCGUCCAGACUCAUUUUGCCCAAGGCGACCGAGUUGAAGAAAGCUGCCCAGAAACGAACAGCAAACCCUGCCGGUUGCGGGCUGAACGGGGGUAUCAGAAAGGAAUACGGCGGAGUACUAUGGCCACCGCAAGAUAACGGUUCACCGGCUACCGAGAAACCGGGCUCCAGAUCCAAUAAUUUCCUUUUCGUCGGCGUUAUGACCGCCCAGAAGUACCUGAACAACCGAGCCGUGGCAGCGCAUAGGACGUGGGCGCAGACCAUUCCCGGUCGUGUGGAGUUCUUCUCCAGCGAGGGCUCGGACACCUCCAUACCCAUUCCCAUAGUAGCUUUGAGGAACGUGGAUGACUCUUACCCACCCCAGAAGAAGUCCUUCAUGAUGCUCAAGUACAUGCACGACCAUUACCUCGACAAGUAUGAGUGGUUCAUGAGGGCCGACGACGACGUCUACAUCAAGAGCGAGAAGCUGGAGGGCUUCCUGCGCAGCCUCAACAGCAGCGAGGCCAUCUUCCUGGGCCAGACAGGCAUGGGGGCCCGGGACGAGCUGGGGAAACUCGCUCUUGAGCCCGGAGAGAAUUUCUGCAUGGGAGGGCCUGGGGUUAUCAUGAGCCGGGAGGUCCUGAGGAGGAUGGUGCCUCACAUCCGAGAGUGUCUGCAGGAGAUGUACACCACCCACGAGGAUGUGGAGGUGGGCCGCUGCGUCAGGAGGUUCGCUGGCGUCCAGUGCGUCUGGUCCUAUGAGAUGCAGCAGCUGUUCUAUGAGAACUAUGAGCCGAACAAGAAGGGCUACAUUCGAGAUCUCCACAACAGCAAGAUCCACCGUGCCAUCACCCUCCACCCUAAUAAGAACCCUCCCUACCAGUACCGCCUGCACAGCUACAUGCUCAGCCGCAAGAUCGCCGACCUCCGCCACCGCACCAUCCAGCUCCACCGGGAGAUUGUCCAGAUGGGGCGCUACGGGGCAGCCGAGCCCAGCAGAGAGGACCUCCAGCUCGGAAUGCCUCCCUCCUUUAUGCGCUUCCAUCCACGGCAGAGGGAGGAGGUCCUGGAGUGGGAGUUCCUGACGGGGAAGUACCUGUUUUCCUCAUCUGAUGGCCAACCGCCCCGCCGUGGCAUGGACUCCUCCCAGAGGCAAGCCCUGGAUGACAUCAUCAUGCAAGUGAUGGAGAUGAUCAACGCCAACGCCAAGACGCGGGGGAGGGUUAUCGAUUUCAAAGAAAUCCAGUAUGGCUACCGAAGAGUUAAUCCCCUGUACGGGGCAGAGUACGUACUGGACCUGCUGCUGCUGUACAAGAAGCACAAAGGAAAAACCAUGACCGUUCCUGUGAGGAGGCACGCCUACCUGCAGCAAACCUUCAGCCAGAUCCAGUUCAGAGAGGAGGAAGAGAUGGACGCCAGUGCCCUAGCCAGCCGCAUCAACAAAGAGUCGGAUUCCCUCUCCUUCCUCUCCAACUCCCUCAAGAUGCUGGUGCCCUUCAAGCUGGCCACCUCCGGUCAGGACCAGAGGGAGCCCAAAGAGAAGAAAAUCAACAUCCUGGUGCCUCUGUCGGGACGCUACGACAUCUUUGUGCGCUUCAUGGCCAACUUCGAGCGCGUUUGUCUGAUCCCCAACCAGAACGUCAAGCUGCUGAUCCUGCUCUUCAGCACAGACAACAACACCGAGCGGGUCAAGCAGGUGGAGCUGAUGAGGGAGUAUCACAUGAAGUAUCCCCGAGCCGAGAUGGAGAUCAAGCCCGUGGCCGGCUCCUUCUCCAGGGCUUUGGCUCUGGAGGUCGGCUCCUCUCACUUCUCCAACGACUCGCUGCUCUUCUACUGUGACGUGGACCUACUCUUCACCGCCGACUUCCUCAAGCGAUGUCGGGGCAACACGGCCCUUGGUGAGCAGACCUACUUCCCCAUCAUAUUCAGCCAGUACGACCCAAAGGUGGUGUACGCCGGGAAGGUCCCCAGCGACAACCACUACGUCUUCACCUCCAAGACGGGCCUCUGGAGGCACUACGGCUUCGGCAUCGUCUGCGUCUACAAGGGAGACUUGGUCCGAGCCGGGGGUUUCGACACUUCCAUACAAGGGUGGGGAUUGGAGGACGUGGACCUCUUUAAUAAAUUUGUCCAGUCAGGGAUUAAGUUGUUCCGAAGCACGGACACAGGGAUAGUGCACGUCCACCACCCGGUCAUAUGUGACCCCAACCUGGAGGCAAAGCAAUACAAGAUGUGCCUCGGCUCCAAAGCUUCGUCGCACGGUUCGACGCAGCAGCUGGCCGAAAUGUGGCUGGAGAAGAAUGACCACGGCUUCAGGAGACUGGCCAGCAAUAACGGCUCAGUUAGGACAGCGUGAGAAAAGCCGGGCCACAAACCCAAACCAAACUGAACCUGGCCUGGGCUCACUCUUUCCUUUUAGUGGUGUUUUUCACUACCUAAUUUAUUUUUUACUGAGAUCAAAGACUUAACAUGGGGUAUAUUUUAAAAAUGUGUCUUUUUUUUUUUUUUUUUUUUUAAGAAAAUAUACAAACACAUUGUGAUGAACCGUGAACUGAAACAGACUUGACUCUAGCAUAGAAGUACUUUUUUUUUUUUUUUUUUUUUUUUUUGAUUAAUAAUAAAAAGAAUAUUGACCAAUAUUCUUCUAGAUGAGCCUGAUUACAAUAGGGGCCUGGAGGCUCCUGAAGUCUGUUACCAGUACAGUAAUAAUGACCAUUAUGUGUUAUCUGUCAAGACAAUGGGGAGUGGGGGAACUAUAGGGGUUAUUAAUGUGUACCUCAGUGAAGUACACCUACAUGGUCCUUAAGUAUUACAUUUGUCUUGUGCGAAAAAACAGACUUGUGUUGACGUAUUCUAUGACCAGCAGUGCUCUAAACAUAACUAAACUCUUGAUUGUGAAUGUUUACAAGAGGGUGAUUCUCAACAACGUUUCAUGAAUGAAAAAGUUGACUUAAAAUCACAACUAUCCUAAUGACUGAGGGCCAUUUUAGUUUGAUUUCUUUGAUUUGCAAUGUCUUUUACUUCGUUCAUUUGCUUUUAUGGUUUUGGUAAUACAAAAUAACACUGUCGUUGUUUCUCCAGGACUUUGUAUUUUCAUUUAUGAUUAAUUUCUGUGAACCCAACUGCUGGAUUUAAUAUCUGCAAUUCAUCUUCCGCUGUCUAAUUUAUUGAAUUUGCAGGCUCCAUUUUCUGCUCUCUGACUGUUCAAAUAUGUAUAUUGGAAAGAUUGUAUAACCAUCUCAGUUGUGGGAUAGUGUUUUUCCAUGUUCUUUUUCUUAAACUCAUUAUCACCAAAGAGUUUUGCACAGUCUGCUUUACGUAUUGUGUAUGUGUGUGUGCGUGCGUGUAUGUGCGUGUGUGCGUGUUGUUUUCUGGGUGGUGCAGGCACAAAUAUAAUGUAGAAUGGGAGAGAGUGAACACACAAAGUCCUAUCCUUAAACUUUCUGAUGGUAUUCGUGGGAAUAAUAAAUACGAUGUUGAGACAGGUUUUUGUUUCAGUGGGCUGAUGUGGGAGCUGCGCUCUAGCAGGCCAGGUCAACUCACCUGCCUCGCUGUCUCUUUUUACGUUUCAUUUCUUUUACAUUGAAAUAAAAA